GAAUAGCAUGCUCAGUUGACAAUCACAUAUGAAGACGUGAGAGACUGCGAGAAUUUCUCUGCAGCAACAAAUAGACUCCGAAAUAUAAACCUGUGUUUCGCAAAUAGGUGGAGGUCGAGAAGUGGCAUCAUGGACGUGUCCAGCCACAGCCUGUUCCUCCUGCAGCAGCUCAACAUCCAGAGGGAGUUCGGCUUCCUGUGUGACUGUACUGUCGCCAUUGGCAACGUGUACUUCAAGGCCCACCGGGCCGUCCUGGCUGCCUUCUCCAACUACUUCAAGAUGAUCUUCAUUCAUCAGUCAAGUGAGUGCAUUAAAAUACAGCCCACGGACAUCCAGCCGGAUGUGUUCAGCUACCUGCUCCACAUCAUGUACACUGGCAUGGGCCCCAAGCAGCCAGUGGACCAGGGCCGCCUGCAGGAGGGCAUCAAGUUUCUCCAUGCCUACCAGCUGUGCCGUAACCCCGACGAGGGGUCCCCCGAUGUCGGCGACCUGGUCCGUAUGUCCAACCUGUACGGUAUUCAGAUUUCAUCCCAGUUGGCCAACAAAGAGGGUACUGGGGGCCCUAAAGGUAGUGCAGGGACCCGAGGAGGCGGCGGCCCGCAGGACGGGCGUUCGUCCACCCAGGCGGGCCGCUCCCACGCCGCACAGUUCUCGAUGACCGUGGGGAUGGAGGGCAUCCCCUCCUCGGACCGUCAGCCCUUCUCUGGUCUCCUCCGUGGCGUCUCCUCAGUGGCUUCCGGCGACGACUCAAACAUCUCGACACGCAUCAAGCAGGAGAGGGUGGAGGAAGGGGAGGGAGAGGAGGGCCACCAGGCACUGGGAAGGGUAGGGUCCCCAACGUCUCCUUCAGCCCAGGGCGGCAGCCCCUGCCAGGGCCUCCUGUUCAAGGAUGGCCCUCUGGUGCUGCUGUGCCCCCACUGUGGCCAGCGCUGCUCCUCCCCCGAGGGGCUCCGCAAGCACCUGUUCAGCCAUGCCGCCUGCACCAUGGAUCCCAGUGGACUAAUGGAGGGCCUCUCCCAGGGCGGGGUAGGGGACCCGGAGGGCCCUGAGGACCAGCAGCAACGUGGGGCCCCCCAGGAUCAGCUAGAUGCAGGCUGCUUGGAGGAGGCCCUGCGGCAGAGCCAGGCCUUAGCUAAUGAGCUAGCUGCUGAGCUAAGUUGGAGCAGGGGCGGUAUAGCCAUUGGCACUAGUCCACCCCCCACCACCAACUCCACUACCAGUCAAUCACGAAAGCGCAAGAUCGCUUGUGCUGUGUGCAGCUUGCGCUUCGCCCAGAAGAGCCAGCUGCAGGAGCACAUGUAUACUCACACGGGCAAGCCAUCACACUACCACCGCUACAGCCGCCUCUGCAGCCAGCUCAUCCACGCCUCUGGACACUUCUGCGAGGGGCCACCGGAGGGCGGCGUUGGGGUGGCAGCAAGCACCACAGUAAUGUUGGCAGAGGAGUCCAACAGGGAAGCUCAGGACAAUGGCAGCUCCUGCUAUUCGCUAGACUCUGAGAUCUCACAAGAGAGCGUGGAUGCCGUCACUGUGGAAUGAAAGUGGGAAAAACUGUAAAAAUAAUUCCAGAUAGUACCUCCUGUUUCAGUUUGUUUUCUUCGGUUUGAUUCCUACUGAACAUGACCUUGUUUCAGUUGCAGGGAUACCUUACCUUUUGUCAUUAUCCUUCCACUUAUAUCCUGUCUUUUGUCGAUACUGUCAUCUUUCUGUUGGUUAGAUGAAACCCUGUGAUGUGAUUCCAGUGUAAACCGUAUCUUAUUUUAUUCAGUGAAUGUCUGAAUAGAAUAGAACAUUGUUUUUACACGAUACCUGUGUUCUCUCUCUGUUGUCAUAUGUUACCAGCUGAUAUUGAUUGGAAUUUAGCAAAUACUAUGUAUCUGCAUUUAUUUCUGAGAAUUUGCACUUUCCGAAAUAAGUAGCUGUUGAAACAGGUACAGCACCAGUCAAAAGUUUGGAUACACCUACUCAUUCCAAGGUUUUCCAUUAUUUUCACUAUUUUCUACAUUGUAGAAUAAUAGUGAAGAAAACGAAAAUGUGAAAUAAUACAUGGAUUUAUGUAGUAACCCAAAAAGUGCCUUGAUGACAGCUUUGCAUUCUCUCAACCAGCUUCAUGAGGUAAUCACCUGGAAUGCAUUUCAAUUAACAGGUGUGCUUUGUUAAAAGGUAAUUUGUGGAAUUUCUUAAUUAGUUUGAGCCAAUCAGUUGUGUUCUGACAAGGUAGGGGUGGUAUACAGAAGAUAGCCCUAUUUGGUAAAAGACCAAGUCCAUAUUAUGGCAAGAACAGCUCUUAUAAGUAAAAGACAAAUGACAGUCCAUCAUUACUUUAAGACAUGAAGGUUAGUCAAUUCGUAAUGUACAGAACUUUUAAGGUUUCUUCAAGUGCAGUCGCAAAAACCAUCAAGAGCUAUAAUGAAACUGGCUUUCAUGAGGACCACCACAGGAAAGGAAGACACAGAGUUACCUCUGCUGCAGAGGAUAAGUUCAUUGGAGUUACCAGCCUCAGAAAUUGCAGCCCAAAUAAAUGCUUCAAAGAGUUCAAGUAACAGACACAUCAACAUCAACUGUUCAGAGGAGACUGCAUGACUCAGGCCUUCAUAGUCUAAUUGCUACAAAGAAACCACUACUAAAGGACACCAAUAAGAAGAACAGAGACGCUUGGGCCAAGAAACACGAGCAAUGGACAUUAGACCUGUGGAAAUCUGUCGUUUGGUCUGAUGAGUCCAAAUAUGAGAUUUUUGGUUCCAACUGCCGUGUCUUUGUGAGACGCAGAGUAGGUGAAUGGAUGAUCUCUGCAUGUGUGGUUCCCACCAUGAAGCAUGGAGGAGGAGGUGUGAUGGUGUGGGGGUGCUUUACUGGUGACACUGUGACACUAUUUUGAAUUCAAGGCAUGCUUAACCAGCAUGGCUACCACAGCAUUCUGCAGCGAUACGCCGUCCCGUCUGGUUUGGGCUUAGUGGGACUAUCAUUUGUUUUUCAACAGGGCAAUGACCCAAACACACCUCCCAGGCUGUGUAAAGGCUAUUUGACCAAGGAGAGUGAUGGAGUGCUGUAUCAGAUGACCUGGCCUCCACAAUCACCUGACCUUAAGCCAAUUGAGAUGGUUUGGGAUGAGUUGGACCACAGAGUGAAGGAAAAGCAGGCAACAAGUGCUCAGCAUAUCCUUCAAGACUUGGAAAAGCAUUCCUCAUGGAGCUGGUUGAGAGAAUGCCAAGAGUGUGCAAAGCUGUCAUCAAGGCAAAGGGUGGCUACUUUGUGUUCACACUUUUUUGCCGGCUACAUGAUUCCAUAUGUGUUAUUUCAUAGUUUUGAUGUCUUCACUAUUAUUCUACAAUGUAGAAAAUAGUACAAAUAAAGAAAAAUCCUUGAAUGAGUAGGUGUCUCCAAACUUUUGACUGUGACUGUAUGUAAUGUUGUUAUGGAUGUUUGUCAGGGGUACAGGAAUUUCCAAGGGACAACUUCUUAAAACCACAAUGUUGCAGUACACAAUUCAAGUAUGGUACAUCAUUAUACAUAUUGGAUUUAAAAAAAUAUAUAUUUCGUGAGCAGUGCCUUGCUGUUUAUUUUUGUAUUGAGUACCUCCUAACAAACUAGCUAAACAAACUAGAGAAUUAGCUUCAAUUCAUAUGAUUCAGGAAGAGUGUACAACCUACUUAAGUGGACAAGUAUGCAGAAGUAGACCGUCACAAGUGUCAUCCCAAGACCUUUUCAAGCUGGAAAACCUGGAUCUGUAUGUUUCAAGUGUCACAGGAGAGGUGAUCUAGAAUCAGGUGCCCCCCUGUCUUAUUCAUUCUUGAUCGACAAGGCAAAACUGAUUCAAUGUGGCCCUCCGUACCUUGUUAAAGACCGAAUGCGGCAAGGACCUUUAGCAGGGGGACCUUAGCAGAGGGGUUAAGUAUAGAGUACACUUGUUGAAUGUCCUUUCUCCUUGACUAGGAAUAUUUUCAACACUAAGAGGAAGGACUUAUUUUAGCUCACAACAGGCUAACAUGAGUAGAAGUGACUAAAAGAGAUGUUCUGAAAUCCAUUAGUGCUCUACAGCUUUAUGAUAGUGAGAUUAUAGUUUCACCUUUGAUGGAUAUGUGCCAAUGGCUAUCAGAAUGUGUAGAAGAAUGCACCUGGUACUGACGAACCAGGAGUCUGCAUGUACUGUGAUAGGUUUAUACUGUCUCGAAAUUGACGAUCAGAUUUGCCAUUUUGGGUGUUUCCAUUUUUGUACUGCUGUGUGUGACUUCUGGUCUGUUUGAAUUGGCUACUCUUCUCUGGUGUUUCCACUUUGUCAUACACUUUAAACAUGAAUGUGGUUUAAUGUUUUGUAAACCUGUGUCACCUUUCCAUAAAUGAGACAUGUUUUGUAAAUAAAUGUUAAGAGAUUG